AUGGCCUUCCCUGUGCUCCCCCCCUACACCAAGUGCGACCUGUCGAUCCAGGAUCGCUUCGCCCAGCUCGACCAGGGCGGCAAGGUGAUGGCCGAGUACAUCUGGGUGGGCGGCAAGGGCGAGCUGCGCUGCAAGACCAAGACGCUCGACGCCCCCCCCAAGUCCGUCGAUGACCUCCCGAUCUGGAACUUUGACGGCUCUUCGACCGAGCAGGCGCCGGGCGAGGACUCGGAGGUGCUGCUCAAGCCGUGCGCCAUCUACAAGGGACCCGUUCCGCCCGGGGAAGCCCGAACAUCCUCGUGCUCUGCGACUGUUUACAGCCCCGACCCCGGACGGGGCCGCGCGGUCCUCGGCGCGGCCAAUUCCCGAACAAACACCCCGCGUGGUACCCCCAACCUCAAAUCAUGGGACAAAG